UUGAAAGAAUUAAUCAUGUAAAGAAUAUUUUUGAUAAUGCGAAAUUAAUUGCAUCAGAUUGGAAAACAGAAAUUUUAUAUUGGGUUGAAGCUGAUGACAACAAUAAGCAUUCGAUAAAAAGUAUAAAUCAAUCAUUCAUAGAACCAGAAUACAUUAUCCAUCCACAGAAUGACAUUGAGAUGGAAAGACUUCACGUUUAUCCAAAGGCAGGCGAGUUAUAUUUCUUAUCACGUGGUAGUCUUUGGUACACUUCUAAUAAACCAAACAGUACUGCGGAAUUAGUAUUUAAAUCUCCACCGAAAUUCGAUUACAUAACUGAUUUUUCUAUUGAUUAUGCAACUGAUAAAUUGUACUAUAUUGAAAAAUUCAAAGGCGAUUUCGUUUUGCAUUGUAUUGAUAUUGAAACUUCUUCUCGGCUAUCAAAAGAGGGUAUAGUAUAUCGUAUUAAAACACUUGCAACAGAGCCAAGUCGUGCUUUCAAUUUAGCAGCGUUUAAUAACACAUUUUAUUGGACUACAGUUGAGUCAGAAAUGGUAACAUUGCAUUUUAAAAAUGGCAAUAAGGCAGUUGCUAGUUUAACUGGUUUAUCAGAGAAUAGUACAUUGUCAUUUGUCUCUUCAAAGUGUCCACGUAUGUACAUAAUAAAUUAA